AUAAAUUGGAACUCAUACUCCACCGCCUGCUAUUUUAUCAUCUCAUUUCUUCCUACAUUGGCCGACUCUUUCCUUAAGUCAAUACUUAUAUCACAGAAAUUUGAAAUUUCAAUUUUAGUUCUCUAUCUUUCAUUCUAUCACGUACUCCUUAUAAACAAUAUCCAACCACUAUUCUAUUUAUAUUUCUCAUUUUUCAACUUCUGUAUUACUGGGUAUUCUAUGGUGGAGUAUUAUGACUUAUCUUUCGUAAUUAAGUCAAUUUUCUCUUCUCCUGUUAGAGUUUUAUCAAAAUUGAUUGAAGAAAUCAAACUGUUCAGAGGAGAUGAUGAUUUCUUGAAGAGUUUUGAGCAGUUUCGUGCUGAUAACGUGUUGUAAAAUGAAGAAGAUGAAGACUUAAAUAAAGAGAUAGAUAUAUUGAUAAAAAACCUCUAAAUCACUUCUUCUUAAUAUAACUGAUAAUUUCUGAGUUUCUAAGUACAUUUACAAGGCAUCACCAAACCCCUAUUUAUACUGAUGGAGCUUGGUGAUGAAUCAUCAAAGAAUCAUUCUACAUAAUAUGCUGGCAACAUUAAACCUAGCCAUCUGUUUAUUACAAGGAUGGAAAUUGGAUUAGUGUCCUGAUGACAAGGAUGAACAAUUCACACUUGUCAUUCUCAGGAAUUUACAACAAAAAGAACGUAACACUUGACAUUCUAUCUUAAUACAAGAUCCACCCUACGUAUUCAAUUCUAUUAUGGAGUAUAUAUAUACGUAGUACUACUACACUACUACGUAUUAAACUACUACGUAUUUAUCUUUGCGCUUAAAUUGAUACAUACAUAUACUUCUAGACUAAGUAAUGGAGCAACUAACUCGCUCAAAUAUUUACGUAUGAGAAGAAAAAAUAUACUCAUAGGAAUAGAGAUGAUCCAGAUGUCACCCGCAACAAGCACUUUAGUUUUGCUUGUGCGCAUCAACGACUAACAAGAUAGUGAGUAGUGACCUCAUUUUCACACUUUACCCGUGAAGACAUAAAGUUUGAGCGUUCUCCAAGAAAUUUUGAAAAUAUGAUCCACUACUAAUAUUUGUAUAACUAUGAGCUUGUUUGAUUACAUUGAAAAUGAUUGAACCCGGUUGAAUGUGUUGAUCGAAACGUAACUAAUGAAGCUUUUAUUGAAGUUGUUGAAUUGACUGAACCUACCGUAUUAUUGAAAAAUUAAAUUUAAAAUAUAUUUCAUCAAUGAAAUAAAAAGAAAAAUAUAAAAAUAACUAAAAUGACAUUGUACAACAACUUCAGUAAAACUAUGUACAAGUUUGAAAACUACAUUUAAAAUUUAGAAUUUGAUUAAAAUAAGACAAAAGUAUUGUCAAAGUUCUAAAAUAGGAUCCAAUAAGUUCUCUUCCUAAAACCAGACUUAGGACGUUUUCUUUUGGACUGAAAUUUGUUGGUCUGGUCUGAUCUGAUCUGGUCUCUGUGCAUUUUAUAACUUCGGAAGUCUGGUCUGGUCCGGAAAACAGUCCAAAAGAAAAUAUCCUUACUUAAUCCUAAUAAAAGAAUAAGUAAACUAAAAUUUCAAAAUAUGCAUGCAUAAAUCUAUUUGGAGAUUUUUUAUGUAUGUUGCGCGUCCUGCCUGUAUACAUCGAUCUUAAGUCACGAAAUAAAAAAGGUGGAAUCUUAGGCAUGAAUACAUUCUAGAGUACUGCACCUUUCUGAUUAGGAUAGUGUAAAGUUAGAUGCAUGGCCGUUUCGUGCAAUAUGAUGCCCAUCCACUUUGUGUGUGUAUAUAUAUGCGCACACACAUAUAUAUGCAAAAACGUAAUUGCAAGAUCGAUGCAUUAAUUUAAGUAAUUAAUAAUUAAGCUAGAUAUAUAUUGGCAGUAACAUAAAUAAGGGGCGGGGAGCGGCGGCGGCAUAUCUAUUCAUGGCGGAGAAUAAUUUGCAGAUUGUUCCGGUGGGGACAUCAUCCAGCAUAAGGAAAGUGGAAGCGCAAUAUGUAGAAAUGAUGGUUCCUCUCUAUUCUCACGGAUGCGUGAGGAAGGUCAAGAACGCCUUAUCCCAUAUUAGAGGAAUAUACUCGGUGAAUGUGGAAUUUAAAGAGCAGAAGGUGACAGUGUGGGGGAUAUGCAACAAAUAUGAUGUUUUGUCAACAAUUAGGAAAAAGAGGAAAGAUGCUCGCUUUUGGAAUCCUGAAGACAACGACGACGAUGUUGAACCAGAAGGAGGCGAGGAAGAACAAGUGUUAUCGCAGUCAUUGAUGACGAAAGUAUCAUCACCAUUUCUAAAACGUCGUCGUUCGGCCCAACCUCUGGCCCUGCUUAGGACUCGCUCGCUAUUGAGCUGGAAAUUAUCUCUGAAAAGGGCUUUUUCGAGGAGUCACUCAUUUUAAAUAUGUCAUGAAUGCGCAUUGUUUAAUAAUGUACAUUUAAAUGAGUUCUGUUUGUUUGUACUUAAUAUUUAUAAUCAAUAUUUGGACUAAGAUGCAUUUAUGUAGUAUUAUAUACGUUGCACGAAGUAAUAAUCUAUUAUACUUGCAGCAAAUUGUGGGAUGGGAAGACUAAAAAAGUGUAAUAUUGCUAGAUAUAAGUGACAAGUUUUGUGCCUCGCAGUGAAAUACACUCCCUUUUUCAAUCAUUUUAUGUACACUUUCAAUCUAACUAGUUUUGUACCCGGGCGUUGCCCCGGGACAAUUUGC